AUGGCAGUUGCUGACGUCAACAGCGACCCCACCAUCCUGCCACGUCACCGCAUCCGCUUAGUCACCGGCAACAUCACCGCCAGCACGCCGUCCAUCCUUAGCCUGCUGACAGCCAUGGCAGCAGUGCAGCAGCGCCCAGUGGCAAUCAUAGGUCCGGGGACGUCCGACCAAUCAGCUCUCGUCAGCCCACUUGCCAGUGCCACCCAGACCCCCUUUGUGUCGGCGGCAGCAACAGACGUGCAGCUGACGGUGGGGGGAUCUCGGCCGUACUUCAUGCGGACCAUUCCCAAUGAUGGCGUCGACAUGCAGGCCAUAGCCGCGCUGCUGCUGCGCUACAAGUGGAGGCAGUUCGUGGCAGUCUACACAGACAACCGCUUCGGCCGCAACGGUAUCACGGCACUCAUGACCUACCUCCUCGAGAAAAAGAGGGUGCCUGUCAAGUCCACGUGGACAGCUGAUGACGUGGCAAAUGCUCUGGCUGCCAGCAAGGCAGUUGACUCUUCUGUCUACGUGCUGCACGCGUCCUCUACCAUGUCUGCUCUCAUACUCGAUACAGCGAGCAAGCUGGGCAUGAUAGGGAAGAACUACGUGUGGAUUGCAUCGGAGGGAGCUGCUCAAGCCAACACGUCCACACUGCAGAGUGCAGAGGUGUGUGAGUGGGUGCAUAACGGUGCAUCAGGGUGCAGGAAGGUGCAAGAGGUUGCAGGAGAGUACACAUGCGGCUUUGGAGGCAUCCCCAAUUCCUCGCAUCUCAUAUCCUCGUUUCUCCUCUCCUCUCCCCUCCUCUCCCCUCCUCUCCUCUCCCCUAUCCUUUCCUCUCCCCUCCUCUCCUCUCCUUUCCUCUCCCCUCCUCUCCUCUCCUUUCCUCUCCCCUCCUCUCCUCUCCUUUCCUCUCCUCUCAUCUCCUCCCCUCUCACUCAAUCCACCAAUCCCUUCCCCAGGAUCUCCCUCACUCCCCACGGCGACCUGCAAGCAGACGUCACAGAGGUGCUCAACGUGGUGAACGCCACGGCUGUUCCCAUCGGUGCAUUCCCCAAGACCAAACUCCGAUUGGCUGUUCCAAAUAAAGUGGUCUUCAAGCAGUUUGUCAACAUCUCCAAGGGAGAGGGCAACGAGCGCUUCUCAGGGUUCUGCGUCGACGUCUUCCACGCAGCUGUGGCCAUGCUGCCGUACCCGCUGGACUACGAGUUUGUGCAGUACGGCGAGGAUAAUGUCUCCCCCAGCUACAACCAGAUGGUGCUGGCUGUAGCAGACAAGACAUAUGAAGGGGCCAUAGGGGACAUCACAGUCACAGAGACCCGCAACCGAGCAGUCUUCUUUACAUACCCCAUCUUUCCGUCAGGCCUGGGGUUGAUGGCGUAUGCAGUGGAGAACUCGAGUCCCUGGCUGGCGUUCCAGCCGUUCACAGCCAGCAUGUGGGCCGUGACGGUGGCGAUGUGUGUGCUGGCGGGGCUCAUCACCUCGUUCCUCGACGAGCAGUCCAACGAGGCCUUUCGAAGGAAGCUGCACCAACGGUUUCUCAACGCCGCAUGGUUCGGCCUGCAAACCCUCUACGCUAUCCUAGAGUACCCCGUUCGCACCACCCUCGCCCGGCUCUUUGUGGUCGUGUUUCUCAUCGUCGGCUUCCUUAUAGUCACCAUGUACACUGCAAAUCUCACGGCUAUUGUCACAGUCAACCGGCUCAAACCCUCCGCAAUGGACAUUGGUUCCGCUGCCUCAACCUCAACCCCCAUCGGGUACCAGCUGGGGUCAUUCAUCAAUGCGUACCUGCAGCAGAUGGGCAUCCCUGCGAACCGCCUGGUGGCACUCAAUAACGAGGAUGAGUAUGCAGAAGCGCUGAUGUCGGGGCGUGUGGGGGUGAUAGUGGAUGAGAGCCCCUACCUCGAGCUCUUCUCGCUCGACUUCUGCGACGUUGCCCUGGCGCCGCAGCCCUUCUCACUACUCAACCUUGCGUUUGCCUUCCCCAAGGGCUCGCAGCUGGGUCUAGACGUCUCCCAGGCGAUCGUGCAGCUGUCCAUGUCGGGCCAGCUGCAGCAGCUGCGGGAGAAACACUUCAGUGGGAUCAAUGGCUCUUGCACCCAACCCAGCAGCAGCAGCAACAGCAGCAGCAGCAGCAGAAGCAGCAGAAGCAGCAGUAUAACCUCCUCAUCUUCCUCCUCCUCGUCCUCCAUUUCCUCGCUGGCUGCAGACUCGGCAGUGCAGCUAUCAAUGCAGAAGUUCCUCGGGCUGUAUAUCAUAUUUGGCGCUGUCUCCCUGGGCUGCUGCAUGCUCUACGUGCUGCUCCUCAUUCACCGCGGCUACCGAGCCAGCAGAGAGGCUGCUCGCCUGCAGGACGCUCAGAACCAAGCUGAGAUCCAACGGCUCGUGUUCGAUCAUCAUCCGGUGCACACAGGAUCCGACGGCCCAGAUGGAGCCGAGCCAGCAUGGGCAGUUCCAGGGGAGGGGGUGGCAUUAAGAGGGAACGAGUGGGGGGGAGGUGGCAACCGGGGUAGGGAGUAUCUGGAGGGGGAAGACCUGUUUGUUUUCGGUCAAACUGCUCCUUUCAGUGGCAGGAGCAGCUGCAGCAGUGGAGAGAGUUUUGAGGCGCCUCAGACCAGUCUUCCUCACUGCAGAGGGAGCAGCAGUGGGGGUUUUGAGAUGGGACAGAGUGGAAUUGGUGGGAGUGGUUUUGACAGCAGUGGCAGCAGUUUUGGCGGGGGUGGCAGUAGAAGAGUGGGGGGGCUUCACAGCAGCAUUGGCAGAACGAUCGGCAGCAGAGGGUGCACUGGGGCUCGCGCUGCUGUGGCAACAGCAGGAUCCCCUGUGGAUUCUUUCAGCCUGCAUACUCCCUCCUCUCCUAGCGCUCUCACUUCUCCUCGAACUGACAGGUGGCAGUACCAGAUGGCUCGCAACAGACGAGCAACGCAACACCGCUGCACUCCUUCUCGCCCUCUCUCCAUGCGCCCUCUCUCCCCCCGCUCCCCCUCCAACAUCUCCCCUCACUCCCCCUCUCACCUCCUUCCCCGUUCCCCCACUCAAACCCCUCAGUCCCCUGCCUCUCAACACCAAUCCCAACACCUCCCCACCCCAUCAAACGCCUACCCUAUAUCACCAUCUCUAUCCGCCCCUCGCCUCAGUCCACACUCACACCGCCUUGUUCCCAGCCGCCUGCUUUCCCCACCCUCACGCCUCGUCGUAAAUUCCAGCCUCCAGGACAGGCGAGGAGUGGCUUUAAGUCAGCUGCACCUGCCCCACCAGCGGCCAUCUCCCACCAGACGACAACAUGACUCGCCGGUUUCCCACCAACCCCCACUUGGCACGCCUGACCCUUCGCCGUCGAAUUGUUUGCCCCCCAGGUCACCGAAGCUCCCUGAGCCGCAGAAUCUAUCACACAGGCCACGAGACCUGUCACCCAGAUCACCAGACUUUCCCAAUUCACCUAAGGCGCACUUAAUGACAGGAGCUGCAUCUACGGUGCAUGGUAGGAGCUGUAGCAGUGCUUGCGAGUUGACUUUUGAGUCGACUCAAAAGUCAACAGGUACGCUGCAUGGUAGGAGCUGUAGCAGUGCUUGCGCUUACACCGGAGAGCAGGGCAGUGGGCAGAUGCUCUCAGUUUCCCAUCGCUCCAUCUCCUUCAAGUCUGCGUCUCUGCCUGCGUCUCCUGCCGCUUCUCCCUCCGCCUCUCCCUCCGCCUCUCCCUCCGCCUCUCCCUCCGCUUCUCCCUCCGCCAAUCUUACAGCUGCUGAUGUUUCCGCAUCAGCUUCUGCUUCGUUCCUUGCUGUGCCGUCUGCUUUUGAGUCGCCUCAAGAGUCUGCCGUUCCCACUGCAGCUGGUGUUUCCACCACAUCAGCCUCUGCUUCGUUUCUUGCUGUGCCAUCGUCGCUCCUCUCAGCAUCAGCAGCAUCGCUAACCUCUGCAGCACCAGCCGCUGUGAAAGCCCUUGAACAGGCCGCACGGGUUGAUGCAGGGACCAAGGCGCUGAGCAAGAGCAUGGGGGCUAACACAGGGCUCAGAGCGUUGAGCAAAUCGGUGGUGUCCGGUUCACACAGCAGCAUGCAGCAGAUCUCUGGUCCUAACAGAAGCGGCAGGAGCUGGAGAAGCAGCGCAGAGACAGCAAGGCAGCUGCGGGCAGCAGCGACAGCAACUUCAGAGGCGCCUUCAGAAGUGUCUGGGUUCACCAGGGGGGGGAGGAGCUGGAGGAGCAAUGCAGAAACAGUACGACAGCUGCGGAUGGUGGGGGAGGGCAGGAGCAGGAGGGGGCUUCAUGGGCAGGAGGGCGCUCACAGGCCGUGGCACAGGAGAUCGGCUUCUGGUGAUGCUGCUUCUGCUCCAAACUUCUUCGACAGGUUGGAUGAGGGCAGAAGAGGAUCGUCAGUUGCAGACCAGCUGAGAGAGCUUCUGCAAGCAGAGUCUGGUUCUUCCAGUCAAGUAGAGGGCAAUGAGGUCAGCGCAAGAGGGUCUGGCGGGUCAAGAGAGAGUGGAGAUAGUGGACCUGGAGGGGAGGACCCAGAGGAACGAAGGCUGGUUCGAGUUGAUGCUUUCGACCUGGUUUCCAUCCUGAAAUCCAGCAAGUGA